AUGCAAUUCUAUUUCAUUUUUUUGACAGUAUUAAACAUCUUUGUUUCAUCAAAUGCUAAAUAUAUGAGAUCACCUGACAAAAAUGUUCAAAUUAAAGGAGCUUUAAAACAUUCAUUAGACUUAAAAUGUGUGUAUGACGGUGAUGAUGCUGGACAAUUUGUUGAAUGGUAUAAAGAUGGUAUACCUGUAAGUCAGGAAAAACCAGGACAUUAUAUUGUUCAUAGUACUUCAAAAGAAUCAACACUCACUAUAAAAAUUUUUGUUGAAGCAGAUGGUCAUGUUAAAAAAUGGCAUGUUAAAACAGGCAAGGCGGGGUUUGAAGAACCGAUAGAAUGUCAAUUUGGUCAAAUACCAAUUAUAGCUACACCACAACGUAUUGAAACAGAUCAAACUAAUGAAAAAUUAGAUUCUCCUCAUGUAUCUGUAAGGCGUGUUCAAGGUGAUCGAAUUAUUUUUACGUGUAUUAUUGAAGCAGGCGAAGAAGACAAAGGAAAAGUUUAUGAUAUAGCAUGGGACUUUAGUAAAAAUAGUGAUAUAUAUACUAAACUUCCUCAUGGUGCUGUAAUUUUAAGUAAAACUCAAUUAACCAUUGAUCAGAUUGAAAAAUCUCAUAACGGAUAUUAUCGUUGCACAGUUAAUGAUGUUUCAUCUACAAUUUUAUUACGUGUUAAAGAUCGAUUAGCAGCACUUUGGCCAUUUCUUGGUAUUGUUGGUGUUGUUAUUGUAUUAGUUAUUAUUAUAUUAAUCUCUGAAAAACGUGAAAGAUCAACAAGACAAGCAGCUACAACAGAUGAUGAGGAAAAUGAUCAUGCAAAUGAUCCUCUUGUACGAUCAUCAAAUAAACCAUCAGAUGAUGAAAAUAAAAAACGUGCAGUAAAAGCUUAA